AUGGGGAGCGCCAAGGAAACCGUGGAAGCCAAGAUCGCCGCGUCCCCCGUGGUCGUGUACAGCAAGAGCUACUGUCCGUAUUGCAUCAAGACCAAGUCGCUGUUGACGCAGUUGGGCGUCCAGUAUGAAGUCGUGGAGCUGGACCAGGUCCCCAAUGGCAGCGAGCAGCAGAACGCUCUCGAGGAGAUCACGGGCCAGAGCACAGUACCCAACGUGUUUGUCGGCGGCAAGUCCAUUGGCGGGAACUCGGACGUGCAGAAGAUGCACAAGGACGGGAAGCUCGAGCCUCUGCUCAAGCAGCACGGCGCUUUGUGA